GGUGCCCUGUUGUUCUUCAUUCCCCUCCCCUCUUCCUUCCUCGUCUAGUGUACCCCGCUGAGACGGUCGAGGAUGGGCGGCUGCUGCUGCUGCUUCCCCGCUAAACCUCGCAGGGAGAACCCAAUGCACCCGGCCGCAGAGCCGCUCAUCCAGGGGAAGCCGAAUCACGCCCCUCCCCACCAUCAGCCGCCCCCGGUGAUCGCCUCCACUGACGAGGGUAAGGACGCCGUCGUGCGCCUGAAGACCGGCUUCGAGCGUUUCAAGACGAAUAUUUUUGACAAGAAUCCGAAGCUGUUUGAACCGCUUAAGAAGGACCAGUCACCCAAGUACAUGGUGUUUGCAUGCGCUGACUCACGAGUGUGCCCAACAUUAACCCUCGGACUGAAGCCAGGCGAGGCCUUCACUGUUCGGAAUGUUGCCGCCAUGAUUCCUGCCUACCAAAAGACCAGGCACUGCAGCAUUGGGUCAGCCAUCGAGUUUGCCGUGGUUGUCCUCAAGGUUGAGUACAUUGUUGUGAUUGGUCACAGCCGCUGUGCUGGAAUUAGGGAGCUACUCUCGCUGAAGGACAAAGGGCCUAACGCCUACCACUUCAUCGAGGACUGGGUGAAGAUCGGUAUGAAUGCCAAGAACAAGGUCCAGAGAGAAAAUAGGUUGUUGCCUUUUGACGACCAAUGCACUGUACUUGAAAAGGAGGCUGUCAAUGUGUCCCUUAGAAAUCUGGACUCCUACCCAUUCGUCAAGGAUAGAAUGAGGAAGGGCACGCUGCAUUUGAUUGGUGCACGCUACGACUUCGUCCAUGGCAGCUUCGAGACAUGGGAACUCUGAAAUCAGAUACUGCAGAAAUGGUUAGCUAGUUGCAUAUAUCUGCAGCUAUUACUCGGUUUACAUUCUGCGGGGUUCUUGUUUACAGAGGGAGAACCUGCCUAUCCACGGUUCAUUGGUUGUGAACUGUAACAAGAACACCUGUCCAGCAGUUAGAGUUUCUGACGCCUAGUCCCGUUGAU